AUGCGACGUGGAGCCGACAGCCGUCCCUACCGCCCAACGCCACGAUCCCCUUGGAGGAGCCUGACCCUGGCAUGUUGUGUGAUCCUACUCCACCUCGUCUCUGCAUCCGACUCGCCCUCAUCAUCAUCGGUCAAUGAUACCACACCUUCAUCACCACGAGGUGCGUUUGGCAAUGCGCACGCCAGCUCGUCUUCGUCGCCCGCGUUGCUGAAACUGAGACGGGCAGCAGGAGUGCAUGCCGGCGCGAGCGUUUCCCCAUCUGCAUCACUAGCUGCAGCUGCCUCACCUCCACCUCUAGCAACCUCACGUCUCGCUCGUCGCAAUGCGGACUCGCAAAGUUCGACUGGUCCGAAACCUAGACAGCUUGGAGAGGUUUUGGACAAGGUGGUGAACCAGACGGGUUCGGGCGGCAGCGAUAGUUCGGGCGACCAAUCUGGUAGCCAAUCGGAGAAGGACGACCAAAGCAGUGGUGGUGGGACGAGUGGAACGAAUCAGACUGGCGCCGCUGGAGGUGGUGCGUCUGGAUUCGCUGAACAAAAUCCUCCCGCUGAGGGUACGCCACAGGGCGGUAGCAGUGGUGGUAAUGUUACCCAGCCGCCGGGCGGCACCGUCGCAGGGGGCGCCCCACCGCAGGGUGGUACACCACCUGUCAAUCAGACUACCGGCAGUAGUCCAGGUGCCGCUCCAGGUGGCGGUUCAGUUGAUGUCCCAGGCUCCGGUUCCGGCGCCAACAGCUCGACCCCAAUCCCACCAGGAACAGCCCCCAGCAACUCGACCCAAAACCCACCAGCAACAGCCCCCGGCAGCUCGACCCCAAUUCCACCCGCAACAGCCCCCGCUAAUUCGACCGUAAUACCUGGCGGCGGUUCGUCUCAGAGUGGCGGUCAACAAGGCGGCGGUCAGCCCGGAGGCGAUGCAUGUAAGUCGGUGCACGCUGUUUUCUUUUGCUUGCUACGCAUCCUGGCAUUUUCAAUUCUCAACGCUCGGUGCGGGUUCGCGCGGAGAGCCGCGGUCGAUCGAAAUCGACCGCGGCUCUCCGCGCGCACGUGGAUGGAGUUUGCACCAUCGCUACGAGCUUCCUGCAUGUCUGGGACCCGGCCAGCUCAUCCUUGUUCGUGACGGUACUUGGAAUUGGCCCUUUCGGUGUUCUGGAAACGCUGUUGGACGUGCUCUGGGCGCUAGACGGCCCGCCUUUACCCGAGACUCCGAUGCCCACAUUAGCCUCCUGUCUCACAUUGUGUGAGCGCCGUCGACACCACCUCGUGAUCGCCCGUCAACCCGUGCACGGCCCUGUUCAAUUCCGGCUACGGCAUCAUCUCAUUUCGUUUAUCAGAUGCUCUGCAUGAGGAAGUUGGGGCACCUGAAUGGGUUGAGAUGCUGGCGGGCGAUGCAGACGGUCGGCACUGAUUAGGGGCUGACAUGUCUCGCGCUUGCGAAUGCCCAAGACCCCGCGAUUUUGUCCGAUUUUGUCCUACUCAAGCGCUGUUGGAUUGCAUUUCGUUGUUGAACGCUUCUUUCUGACAUAUUCUUUUCUUUGCCAACUCGGCGCCGAUUUCUGUACAGCUCACAACACCACUCAGAACCCGAACAAACCCCCGAAGCAGCAGCCGCCAGGCAGCGCUGCUACUGGUGGUGAUCCGUCCAAACAACCAAGUAAGCGACUCGUCUUGUUUAUUUCUUUCUCUCACUCUACCGAGGCACAUCAUCGCGUGUGCUCUCGGCUGAUGUCCCGUCGUGUUUGUGCCUCGAUCGCUGCGCCGUGAUUCAUCUCCAUCUCCAUCUCUGGCUUCCGUUCCCACCCGCAUGUUAUCCACGAAAACCCACCAGGCCAUUCUCCCCACCCUCAUAAUCACCCUACUGACAAUUCAACUCAACCUGACCUACCUUGGAACCCAUCGCAUCCCAACUUGAUCCCCCCGCCUGGUUCUACAGAUGGCACCCCGUUGCCUAGUGGAAACACAUCGACGAAUACCGGGGGAACGGGCAACGCUACAAACGGCGCUCCGAGUGCGGGGGGUACAUCACUCAAUACAAACAGUGGCGGUGGAUCUGGCUCGGGCUCCAACACGUGGGCUAUCGUCGGCGGUGUCGUCGGGGUAAGUCGAUCCUACAUCCUUUGCUGGUCAACCAAACAUAACAAAGGGUCCACACUGACUCACCAUUCGCGUCUUUGUUCGUCCGUGCUUGAAGGGUAUUGUCCUACUCGCCUCCGCCAUUUUCAUCGUUUAUCGCCUCACGCAACGACGAUUCUCUUCGCUCGAGGACGAAGGUGCUGAAAUUCGCUGGCCUGAACUCAACCCCGACGGCCAAGAAGUCUCGGCCAACACCUCGACGCUCUACCCGCUCGGUACAACAAGGACCGGUGGUGCAGGAAUCGAGAUGGAGAGUGACAAGUCCGAAUGGGGGGAUGAGAUGGACUACGCAACGCACGAACGGAACGCAUUGAACUCGAUCCCGGGACGAGAGGCGUACCUCGCGAGGGGACCGACUCUGCAUGCUCGACAGAUGAGCUACGGUGCGCUGGCGAUGCAGUCGAGAUCCGAAGUCGGUAUGAGCCCCGAUGGAUACUUCGAUUCCUCGUCCGAAGGGUUGCGAAGGAAUCCGUCUAGCCAAGGAUCGUACCCUCCUUCGCCCCCGAACAUGAUGGCCUAUGGUGGUGGCGGCGGCGUCCCUCCUCCCCCCGUGCCCGGAAUGCCACCUCAUCAAUACGGCGGCGCUAUCUACCCGGGUCCUGGACAACCCCUCCCCGGCAGCCAUUCUCCUCCUCUUCCUGGCGGCCCGGCACAUAUGCCUCCUUUCCCGUUUACUUCUUCUCACCCUUCCCUCGAAGGCAGUGCCAAGCCGUACUCCCAGGAACACGCCACCGCUUCCCAACACCGCGCCCAAAAACCGAGCUCCGAUUCGAUCGACAACUACUACCCCGAGUUCGAGCCGAGGGCCGACACGCCGCAGCAUUUUGCGGUCACGAACCCAGAUCGAGCGUCGAGUGAGGUCGGGGCCGGGAACAUGGAACCGCAGCAAUUGCGUCAUCAGCUUUCGAUCAAGGCUGCAUCGUGA